AGCUCCUUCGAUCAUCAUCACAGCGUUGUUUACCAACAAUAUUCCGCACAUCAGCAGCAACAGCAGGAUGGCGAGCGACGAUGCUCCCUUGCAAGAUUCCGUUUCUUGCAACACAGAACAAAAUGAAGCCGAACAAGAAGCCCCACAAAGUUUGUUGCAUAUUUGCCGAUUUUGUCUGUCUCGCGAUGAGGAAGAUUUAAUUCCCCUAGAGAACGUACUACUACUAACGCUUACGAUCGAGGACAUUUUGCUGUUUACAGGCAUCCAGAUAGAGGAGGAGGACUAUGGAGAAAUCGCCUUGUGCGUGAAAUGUACGAACAAGAUACAGAUCUGUUCCUACUUCCGGCACUGCUGCCUGACCAACGAUACCACCUUUCGCGAGCUGUGCGCGGAUCUGAUCGCCAAAGUAAAGGCGGCACGCAUCGAAGCGAAGGAAGCGGCGGCCGCCGCAGAACAGGCCUUGCGGGAGGCUGAGGAAGCCGCACUGGAAGUAGAGGCCGCCAACCAGCACUGCGACACGAUCGAGCUUAGCAGUGACGAUGAGUUUAACUACUCGGCCAACUACAUCAAACCCGGCGAAGUGUUACACAUUGAGGAGCCGAUGUACAGACCGUCCGAUUGGGACAUGAGCUUAAAUCCGACGCCCCCAGCCGUUCAGUGCCAUCCGCGCGAAAAGGGCAAGCGCAAACUGCAUCUGUGCGAUCUGUGCGGGCUGAAGGUUGGCCACAUUCCUACCCACUACCUGGACCACAGCACGGUGGCAACGGUUGGCUGUCCGUACUGUCCGGUGAAAAUGAAGGCCCAGAAAAGUAUCAACGAACACAUCCACACGGUGCACUUUAAGCUCGUCUCGAAAACGUGCGAAAUCUGCGGCAAAGGCUUCGUCCACCAUAAAACGUACAGAUACCAUAUGGUUGGUAUUGGGAAACGUGCUCUAGCUCCCACUCUCUUGCCCCACUGUCGCUCAAAGCGCUGUUGUGCUUUCUUCCUUCCCAGAUUACACACCAAGACGAGGGAAAUACGUUCGAAUGCAAAGACUGCUCGAAAACAUUCACCAACUCAAUCUACCUGCGGGACCACAUUAAGAGGGUGCAUAAUGCGGCGAAAAAAGUUAAACCCAAGGACUCGGAAGAAACCGUGAAAAAGUAAGGGAAUGGCCUUUUUUUUAGCGCACGCUAGAAUGGAACCGAUUUUGACGAAUAGUUAAUGGUAAUUUGCUGUGCUUUUUUUUAGAAAAAGAAUCCGAUCACGCAAUUCAGAAGAUAACCGCAUCUACCCCGACUCGGACUGAGGGCCUAAAUCUGCUUACAAGCCACCAUCGGCAGACGAAUGAGCCAUCAAUGUUAAUGUAUUUUUAACUUCCAGUAUACUAAAACGCUUUCUAACUAUAGUACCGUACACCUCCUACAAUCGGUAUUGCUGCUAUAUCCGAAUAAGGAGUUGUUUUGAUGAUGAUAAUGAAGUUCUGUCUACCCAAAUCAAUCGAUCCGAGAGAAACAUUCACUCAUUGUUAUGCGCAUCCAUAUUGAAAUACAGGUAGUUCCCGAGAUCCGAAAA